UCAACAAAAUCUGAAGGUGUAACUAAUGAAGAAACGACAACAGAUAAACCAUCAAGACCUUUGGUUGAUGUUGAAACCAGCAAAAGAUAUUUAAAAAGCGAUUCAUACAACAAAACAUACCUUGGAUCUCUGGUCUGGCAACCUUACAGGAGAAACCACAGGGGACAUCUGCCACCUCGUAAAAUCAGGAGGUCAUGUUAUAUUGGUGGAAAGUUGGCUACUGGCAAUCCAUGUCCAAUCUGCAGAGAUCAGUACUUGGUCUUGCAUCCAGAAAAUGUGGAUUUAUUGAAGCAGUUCGUAUCACCAUACACUGGCAAAGUCUUAUCAAAUCACGUUACAAACUUGUGUCAGAUACAACACAAAAAAUUGUUAGUCUCCAUAGAACAGGCAUGGGACUCAGGUAACUUAGCAAAAGCUGUGCCCUUCAAAGAGUACAAUUAUGAAGAUUACUACCCGGAGCUGAGGAAGAAGAAAAGUUUUGAAAGCUGA